AUGGUUGACUCAGACUAUACAUCUUCAAUUUCGGAAUCAAAAAUCUUGGUCCUACUUGUUUUCGUUCUCGUUAUCUUCCGGGUGGUCAAUGCAUUUUUGCAAAAACAAGCUACUAAUGUCGCCUCGGCAUUAAUAAAAAAUGUUACUAUUGUUGUAUUGGGAGACAUUGGGAGAUCUCCAAGAAUGCAAUAUCAUGCUUUAAGCUUUGCUCAAAAUGGCUGGAAAGUAGAUUUGGUAGGAUAUGAUGGUUCUAAACCUCUUACUUCCAUAACGAAUAAUCAAAAUAUCAAUGUUCAUUACAUAUCUCAUCCAUGGCACUUACCGGAUAAUAUACCAAAAUUAUUAUUUUUUGUGUACGCUCCGAUCAAAGUGUAUAUACAAAUUUUGUUCCUAUAUUGGACUUUAUUUGUAAGAAUAAAUCGACCAACUUACAUACUUGUACAGAAUCCACCUUCAAUUCCAACGUUAAUGAUUGUCCAGUUCGUUUGUUGGGCACGGCAAACAGAUUUGAUAAUUGAUUGGCAUAAUUUUGGAUAUACCAUUCUUGGAAUUCGAUUAGGCCACAAUAGCCGUAUAGUUAAAAUUGCGAAAUGGUAUGAAAAAUUAUACGGUAGGCGCGCACAUGCACAUUUGACCGUCACUGCUGCCAUGCACCGUGAAUUAAUGUAUAAAUGGGAGGUUCAAGGUGCCAUAUCUACCUUGUAUGAUCGACCACAAUCACAUUUCAAAAAAUUAGAUUUAGAAGAAAUUCAUGAGUUUCUUACAAGAUUUGAUUUAGAAGAAAUUAUUUCUAAGCAAUCGAUUGGGGCAAACUUUCUGCCUCCAUCAUCCACGACAUCGACCUUAUUGACUACUAAACCUUCACCAGAUACUCCCGCAAAGUAUCGCAGCGAUCGUCCUAUAUUAAUAGUUAGUAGUACAAGCUGGACUGCCGAUGAAGACUUUUCAAUACUAUUAAAAGCGGCAGAACAAUAUGACCAAGCCGCAGAUAAAACCUCUCAAAAUAAGUUUCCCAAGUUAGUUUUUAUCAUCACAGGUAAAGGUCCCUUAAAAGACAUGUACGAACGGGAAAUCAGUAAGAUUUCAUUGAAAAAUGUGAGAAUAGUGACAGCGUGGCUAUCUGCAGAAGACUAUCCGUUAAUAUUAGGAUGUGCUGAUUUAGGAAUUUCUCUUCAUAAAUCCUCCUCCGGAAUGGAUCUACCAAUGAAAGUAGUUGAUAUGUUUGGAUGUGGGCUACCUGUUUGUGCGAUUAAAUUUGAUUGUAUUGGUGAAUUGGUGCAACAUAAUAAAAAUGGCCUUAUAUUCAAUAAUGAGGAAGAGUUGGCAAGACAACUAAUUGUAAAUUAUCCUGCAAACGCGUCAAAAAUUGAAUCAAUGCGUAAGCAUGUGGACGAGUUUCAAAAAGAAAGAUGGGAUACAAACUGGAAUCGCGUUGUUUUACCUUUAUUAACUAUAUAA